AUGGCUUCCAGUACUUCAGACUACGCUGCCUAUGUCACAAACACUGAUUUUAUAGGCUGGGACAUUGCACCAACGCCCACACCGGUUAUCUGUUUGAACAGUGGCGUAUGGACAACAAGCGGGUCUUUCGGAGACUGCAGUUCGACGUCAGGCCAAGAGUUUGCUACGUCCUGCUAUCAGGGGUCCAGCUUAGUGAGGGGAUCGAAUACAGAAGCAUGCGGAGUUGAUUCAACGUGCGAUUACCAAAGAAUCUUCUCCACGACCGGUCAAGAUGCCCGAGAUGCUAAAACAAGAUACGGCUGCGUGAGCAACUUUGCUGCGAACAAUAUCUAUCGCACACUUCCCUCGCAGUGGCUAGCAACCACGACGUCGGGUGAGGCGAGUACUUCAUCAUCAACCACUUCAUCCUCAUCGACCGAGACCAGCGCCGCCGCGUCUUCGAACUCCUCCAGCUCGGGUAUAAGUGGUGUUGCAAUCGCAGGAAUUGUCGUCGGCUGUGUGGCAGCAGGUGUUAUCAUUGCACUGGCCCUCGUAUUCCGGAGGAGACUUUUAGCUUGCUGUGGGUAUAGCAAGAAUAUGCAAGUGAAAGCCAACCCGUCAUGGUCUCCUAUGUACGAGCAACAAAACACGCAAGGUGCAUUUCAGUCACAGCAGCAGCACUCGUAUACUCGGCCGCAGCCGUUGGAAAUUUCGGCGCAGCGGGAACCUCGUGAGCUAGGUGAUUCCCGUGUGUCAAGGCCGGUUCGAUGA